CCCCCCCCCCCCCCCCGGUCGCGCGACGUAUUUGCAGUGUGCUCACAUCCAUCCGCUCGGCAACACGAACUGCUCUUCAGCUCCUGAUUAUUCACUCCUUUGGAUAUAUUUCUUCCUCCUCACUCCCGCUCAAUUGAUCGCAGCACACACCCCGUACCCUCCCUUUCCACACAUUUCCAGCGGCAGAUCAACAAAGGGUGCAUUGCAUACAAUACACUACGGACGCUCUACCAAAAUCACGCAUCCUAUCGUCGAGCUACUGAGUUUAGCCAAGCUUCACCUUCCUCUAGUCUCCGCCUCACAGGAAGAAUACCCAUACAGCGAUCUAGUGCUUCACGAUAACAAGAAAUCCUCGACCAGCUUCCCCCACCAAUAAAAUAACUCAGACUCGUCACCGUGGACGCAUCCGGGCCUUAAUAUCUCCAGCAUGAUGGCCGACAUCCCUCACAGGAAGCCGAUGCCAGUGGGCUAUCAAGGUCCUCAACCUUCAAACCUUUAUUCACACAGUCGGACCCGCACGACUUCUUCAAAUACAUUCCCGGCCCCCAUCUAUCCGCCACAACCUCAACAACUCUAUCCAAGCAACAUGCAGGUCCAAUCCUACACCUCGCGACGAACUCCUUCGACGGCAACCUUCUCCACCGCCAGCAGUGGCAAUGGCCCUGUCCCUUUUCGACAAAGCUCACAAGAUCUGCGACGUUCAAUAUCUUCACGAUCGGGCGGCCUCUCGCAACCUACGGGCUAUGUAGCCCUGAUGCGGAAACAGAAAGCGACUGUAUGGUGUGAUCGAGCCCAACAUGAAGACCCACGAUUAUUAGCACAACAGAAGGCUGCAAAGGUGCGAGCGACAAUGGAAGUGAUCGGUGGCCCAACAGCAAGUGGUACACGGAUAUCCUCAAGCAGCUCAGGCAAUUUGGCAGGUAGUAACAGGGUCACUGCGAAGAUCAGACAUCAUGGCAAAGCAGGAUUAGUUGGCUACAGUCCUGGAGAUCUCGUUGGGGGUGUUGGAGGCGUGCCCAUGCGAUUGAGUGCUAGUGAAGUAGAGGGAGGAGACAGCGACGAUGAUGCGGAUAGUGGCAAUAUGCCACACACCGGACCCUACCACCGCCGGACGGGCAGCGGAAGGAGUAGUGUUGGCAGUGGUGGCAGAAGGGGUCUCACAUAUUCACGACAAUCGGGUGCUAGUUCGAUUCACGGCAGAUGGAGCUCUGGAAAUACACCACCCAGUGAGAGACAAGACUCAAUGGAGGAUGUCCCUGAAGCGGGAGAGACUCCCGUUCCUGGUACUCACGGCCAGUCAAAGGACUACUUCACUGCAGAUGGAGGAGCCGAUGGCACUCGAAGUGUGGGAAGUGGCAGUAGUGGAGAAAGAGCCGAUAACGUCGCUGAAUUGGGAACGAAUGACGCUGCAAGACUCGCUGCCAACAGUCUCAUGAAGGCUACCAUCACUCGAGAAAAAAGUGUAAAGAAUCCAGAGGAGUUGCGAAGAAGAGGCAGUGUGGACGAGAGGACAAUGACGAUGAGUGCUGGCCGUUUAUACAUUGCCAACCCAGAUGCGGACAGCGAUUAAGGAGCUCGAGGAGGAUAUACCAAAGAAAGACAGACAGGGCGGUCGGAACAGUACAAGCAUUUCAAGGCGUUUGGGGCGAUCAGGAUAUCGGUUUUCUGGAAUGGCAUGGCAGGUCCACACAACCUGAUGCAUUUUACCUUUGGUUUUACGGCGGAUUGCUUGAAUAGCCCAAGAGAGGCCUAUUGCCCUCACUCGUUUUAGCGACCAUUGCAUAGGUACAUGAAGCCUUCAGGGGCACCAACCACCGUUUGAGUAAUGAGAAAGAAGUAUACGGCUUCAACAAUUGAAUACCACCAUACAUUGACCAC